UGUUGUUCAAUUAAUUCGGACCCGAUUUGCGGUAACAGCAUCAAUCCAUGUAAUUACUGUUCGAACUGAUCAGUGAUAAAUUCACGAUGAGAGAGUCAACAGUGUGCUAUUCUGUGCUAUUCACUUUAUUGGCCGUAUCAAGUUCAACCCACGCGAGUCCCCCAACAUUUAAAUAUGUAACGUCCUACGUGCCGAACGGAAAGUACAUACAAAUCUCGGAGAUCCAGAAAAACACCGUCAACGUUUUGCAGCCAUUAAUUUUUAUAAUAAACGAGAACGACAACCCGAAUGCAUCGCAGGAUUUAGUAGCCCAAUACUUGGACAGACAGAUCAACAACGUAUUCGUGGUCGAUUGGAACCAGGCGGAUGCCACGUCGACGCGUACCGCCUGUUCGGACGUGGGUGACUUCAUCACGACGGUCUUCAACAAAACCGGCGAGCAGUACCUGAACGUCCACCUGGUGGGUGUACUGACGGGUGCGGGAGUGGCGGCCGGUGCAGCCCAACGUGUCCGCGAGUCGUCGCUGAAAAUUAACAGGAUCACCGCCCUCGACCCCACCUAUUAUUCGAUUAAUUGGGACGCGGCGCUUCUGCGAGGGGGAAAUGCUAAUUUAGUCGAUGUCGUUCGCACCAAGUUCGAUAAGGAAAACGAGACGCUAGGCGACGUCGACUUUUAUGUUUAUGACGAGGAGUGCAUCAAGGAUGAGACCAAAUGUGAUAAAUCAACGGCUACAAAACUUUUCGCCCAAUCGAUCAAUUCCGAUAAAAUAAAGGCGAUAAAAUGCGAUUCGCUAAUUGAUUUUCAAUCAGGAACCUGUUCGAAAAGCGGAAAAAUCACAUUUGGUGAGAACGUGCCCCGAGACAUCAAAGGAAAGUACUUCUUGAAGAAGCUGAACAAAUUUUAAAUAAUAAAUCAAACAGCCUUUGAAAUAUGUGCGUUUGAUUAUGUAUUAUUGUUUUUAGAAGCU